AUGGCUAGAGCUUUAGUUCAGUCAACAGACAUUCUAUCUUCAGUUGCCGUUGCCGUUGCCGGUGAAAGGGCUGGACAAUUCAAUGGAUCCCGGAAAAAUCAAAGAAGUGUUAGAAUGAUAUGUGAUGUAAAAUUUCCUUCCUUAAAGCUGAACAGGUUUGUAGGACUGCGAGGGUGCAAUGCAUUAGAUACACUACUUGUAAAAUCUGGAGAAACUCUCCAUUCAAAAGUGGCAGCUGCAACUUUUGUCAGACGGCCACGAGGGUGCCGAUUUGUCCCAAAAGCAAUGUUUGAGCGCUUCACCGAGAAAGCAAUAAAAGGCAUUAUGCUUGCGCAAGAUGAGGCCAGACGACUAGGUCACGACUUUGUCGGGACAGAACAGAUCCUGCUGGGUCUUAUUGGUGAGGGAACUGGUAUUGCUGCUAAGGUUCUUAAAUCCAUGGGAAUUAAUUUGAAAGAUGCUCGUGUGGAAGUAGAGAAGAUUAUUGGCAGGGGUAGUGUAUUUAUUGUAGUGGAAAUCCCUUUUACUCCUCUUGCAAAGCGUGUUCUAGAACUAUCUCUGGAGGAAGCCCGCCAACUAGGGCAUAAUUACAUUCACUCGGAACACUUGCUACUUGGAUUGUUGCGCGAAGGUGAAGGUGUGGCUGCCCGUGUUCUUGAAAACUUGGGUGCUGACCCCAGUAACAUUCGCACACAGGCAACUAAUUUUCCUUUCUCAAACUGGUUUGAAAUGCUUUUCUUGAAGCCA